AUGCACUUCUUCAGACGAGAAAUGAGGUCCACAGAAGACAAUCAGAGGAAUGAGAAGGGGGAGGAACUUCAACAGCAAAUGCCAGAUAGAGUUAAAAAUGAAGACUUGAAUGAAAAUCUCAGGAAUCGAGGCAGACCUAAAAGAAAGGCGGUGAAACCUUUUGAAUGCUCAGAGUGCGGUAAGAGAUUCAUUCGAAGACAAACUCUUCAGAAUCAUCAGAGAACCCACACAGGGGAGAAACCAUUUGAAUGCUCAGAGUGUGGAAAGAGAUUCAGUCAGAGUGGCAGUCUUCAACUUCAUCAGAGAACCCACAAAGGGGAGAAACCUUUUGAAUGCUCAGAGUGUGGAAAGAAAUUCAGUCGGAGUGACCAUCUUCAGUAUCAUCAGAGAACCCACACAGGGGAGAAACCUUUUGAAUGCUCAGAGUAGUGUGGAAAAAGAUUCCAUCAGAGUGGCCGUCUUCAACUUCAUCGGAGAACCCACACAGGGGAGAAACCUUUUGAAUGCUCAGAAUGUGGAAAGAGAUUCAGUCGGAGUGGCAGUCUUCAAAGUCAUCAGAGAACCCACACAUGGGAGAAACCUUUUGAAUGCUCACAGUGUGGAAAGAGAUUCACUGAGAGUGGCCAUCUUCAACGUCAUCAGAGAACCCACACAGGGGAGAAACCUUUUGAAUGCUCAGAGUGUGGAAGGAGAUUCACUGAGAGUGGCCAUCUUCAACGCCAUAAGAGAACCCACACAGGGGAGAAACCUUCUGAAUGCUCAGAGUGUGGAAAGAGAUUCAGUCAGAGUAGUACUCUUCAACGUCAUCAGAGAACCCACACAGGGGAGAAACCUUUUGAGUGCUCAGAGUGUGGAAAAAGAUUCAGUCAGAGUGGCCAUCUUCAAUAUCAUAAGAGAACCCACACAGGGGAGAAACUUUUUGAAUGCUCAGAGUGUGGAAAGAGAUUCAGUCGGAGUGACAGUCUUCAAAGUCAUCAGAGAACCCACACAGGGGAGAAAUCUUUUGAAUGCUCAGAGUGUGGAAAGAGAUUCAGGUGGAGUGCCAUACUUCAAAGGCAUCAGAGAACCCACACAAGAGAGAAACCUUUUGACUGCUCGGAGUGUGGAAAAAGAUUCCGUGAGAGUGGCUGUCUUCAACUUCAUCAGAGAACCCACACAGGGGAGAAACCUUUUGAAUGCUCAGAGUGUGGAAAGAGAUUCAGUCGGAGUGGCAAUCUUCAACGUCAUCAUAGAACUCACACAGGAGAGAAACCUUUUGAAUGCUCAGAGUGUGGAAAGUUAUUCAGUGAGAAGAGGAGUCUUGAACAGCAUCAGAGAACACAUAGAGGGGGGAAUUGUUAG